AUGACGAUGCCUGCCAACAGAUCAAAGAGAAGACGCUCAGAUGACGUCGACUAUAGUAGUAACCAUCCCUCUGCGCCCUCAGUCUCAGUGGCCAGUGAGAAGAAGGAAACAGAGUCUUCAGGGCUGCUAGAAACUCUCCAGCGCCAUAUUGAUGACCUACGGAACCAUAUAUAUUGCGGUGUGUGUAUCAAGCCGUUGUACGAGCCGUACACAUUACCCUGUGGACAUACGUUCUGCUACAGCUGCCUUGUUCAAUGGUUCACCAGCCAGGGGCAGUCAAAAACUUGUCCUGACUGUAGGUCGCCGGUCAAAUCAAUCCCCGCCCCCGCGUACCUGGUUCGCAACAUUGUCCAUAUGUUCAUUGGCCGAUCCGAGUUGACAGACGCAAACGAAACUACGCAUGAACAUUUAGCUAAUCAGGUUGCGGAGACCGAGAGAGUAGAGAAAGAUAAAAAGAACACCGACCCCAAAACCGGCGGCCUGUUCCAGGGAUGUUUUAACAAAAUCAAGGCUCCAAUCCGCGACAAUGAUGAAGGCGUUACUCGGUGUCCAGGGUGCUUUUGGGAACUGGAAGAUGGCGAGUGCAUGCACUGUGGAUACACCAUGUCCGACUCUGACCAAGGCCUUGACUAUGAUGAUGAUCUUGAUGAUAUCGAAGAACUCGAAAAUAUAUUGGCAGAUAACAUGACGGAAGAAGAAGACGAUGAUGAUGACGACAAUUUCGUCUUAGGGGAUGAUCGUUACGGCCAGUUCGGAUUCAACUACCAUAGUGAUCAACCUUUCAUGGAUACUUUUGGCGGUGAUGAGUCGAUGGGCGAUGAUUCAAUAGACGGAAGUUCGUCGGAAGAAGCUUCGGCGGAGGAAGAUACAAUGGACGAGGAAUCGAACGAUUCCGCGGAUGACUCGGAAAGUUCUCACUCAACGGUACACCGUGCUUCGAAUGGCCGCGGUAGUUCUGUUGCUGAGGCUGAAACGUCUUCAGCUCAAGGGAUAUUAUCCAGUGACCGCACCGAGGCGGAUUCAGACGAGGAUCCAAUUAGGCGACCUUCACGGAGGAGGAAUGCUCGCUCACAUCAGCUCCACCAACAGAUAGAUCUUUCUGUUCAGAUGAACGGGGUUCGGAUGCACCUCCGAGGCCAAAAUGGAGCCGUAGCCAGAAGCGGAACUGACCCCCUAAAUGCCCUGGUUAUUAAUGAUUCCUCCCCACCUCGACCAGCUACAAGACCCCGGCGCGCUUCUCCAGGGCACCAAUAG